GCAUUGGCGACUCUGACGCGAUGAGCAUCUACCACGACGAGGUGGAAAUCGAGGAUUUCGAAUACGACGAGGAGGAGGAGAUGUACUACUAUCCCUGUCCCUGCGGCGAUCGAUUUCAGAUAUCCAAGGAGGAGCUAAUCGAGGGCGAGGAGGUGGCCACCUGCCCCAGCUGUUCCCUCAUUAUAAAAGUCAUCUACGAUCCGGAAAUGUUCAAAGCGGAAGAGGACGAGGAAACAGCCCUCAAUGAGAAACUGAGCGAAUUGAAGCUGGAAAAGAACUAAGAGACAACUGGUCUGGCCAUUUUUGUUGUAAAUAAUACGUUGACUAGUGAACAGGGAAUACAUAUUAAUCAAGCUCUAGAAUGUUGUUAUUCGAUUUGAAAUAAUUUAUACAUGGAUAUACAUAGUAGAUGUAUAUAUCUAGAACAAAAAAUAUACCAUUGCACCGAUUGCUUUUCUUUUUGGUCUAA